AUGGGGGCAACUUCAACACCCCUUCUGGUUGUUCUCCUAUUUUGCUGCCUGAUUUCUGUUUCACAAGCAGAAUACUUGAAGUACAAAGACCCAACACGGUCACUGAAUCUCAGAAUCAAGGACUUGCUGAAGCGGAUGACCCUGGAGGAGAAGAUAGGCCAGAUGGUGCAGAUUGAACGAAGUAUUGCUACCCCUCAAGUGAUGAAGAAGUACUUCAUUGGGAGUGUGCUGAGUGGGGGAGGGAGUGUUCCAGAAACAAAGGCAUCUGCUGAGACUUGGAUCAAAAUGGUGAAUGGGAUCCAAAAUGGAUCUUUGUCUACCCGCCUUGGGAUUCCAAUGUUUUAUGGCAUAGAUGCAGUUCAUGGUCACAAUAAUGUCUACAAGGCCACCAUCUUUCCUCACAAUGUUGGGCUAGGAGUUACCAGGGAUCCAAUGCUGAUAAAGAAGAUUGGAGAUGCAACUGCCCUUGAAGUUAGAGCUACUGGAAUUCAGUAUGUUUUUGCUCCAUGCAUUGCGGUCUGCAGAGAUCCUAGAUGGGGGCGUUGCUAUGAAAGCUACAGUGAGGACCCUAAGAUUGUUAAAGCAAUGACUGAAAUUAUUCCUGGUUUGCAAGGAGACAUCAGUGGCGAUUCCAGAAAGGGGGUUCCCUAUGUUGCUGGAAAGAACAAGGUUGCGGCUUGUGCUAAGCAUUAUGUAGGAGAUGGUGGCACAUCCAAGGGUAUUAAUGAGAAUAAUACUUUGAUUAGUUAUAGAGAAUUGCUUAACAUUCACAUGCCUGCAUAUCAUGACUCCAUCGUCAAGGGGGUUUCAACUGUAAUGGUCUCCUACUCUAGCUGGAAUGGCAAGAAGAUGCAUGCUAAUCAUUUUCUAGUCACUGAUUACCUCAAGAACAAACUGAAGUUCAGGGGUUUUGUCAUAUCAGAUUGGCUAGGCAUUGACAGGAUUACUUCUCCUCCUCAUUCUAACUAUUCAUACUCUAUUCAAGCUGGUGUUGGUGCUGGAAUUGAUAUGAUCAUGGUUCCUUUUAAUUUCACUGAAUUCAUAGAUGUCCUGACUUAUCAAGUGAAGAACAAUAUUAUCCCUGAAAGUAGGAUUGAUGAUGCUGUGAAAAGAAUAUUAAGAGUAAAAUUUGUCAUGGGCCUAUUUGAGAAUCCACUAGCUGAUCCAAGCCUGGUGAAUCAACUUGGUAGUGAGGAGCAUAGACAGUUAGCAAGGGACGCUGUAAGGAAAUCUAUUGUGUUGCUAAAGAAUGGUAAAUCUGCUAAGCAGCCUCUUCUUCCCCUUCCCAAGAAAGCUGCAAAUAUACUGGUGGCAGGAAGUCAUGCUGACAAUUUGGGUUAUCAAUGUGGAGGAUGGACAAUUACCUGGCAGGGGCUUGGUGGCAAUAAUCUCACAGUUGGGACAACAAUCCUUGAUGCUGUAAAACAAACAAUGGAUCCUGCUACUAAAGUUUUCUACAAGGAAAAUCCUGACUCCACCUUUGUCAAGUCCAACAACUUUUCUUAUGCCAUAGUCAUCGUAGGUGAACCCCCUUAUGCGGAAACAUUUGGUGAUAGCCUGAAUCUAACUAUAGCUGAGCCAGGUCCAAGCACCAUUACCAAUGUAUGUGAAUCUAUCCAAUGCGUGUUAGUUCUCAUCACUGGCCGUCCGGUAGUGAUUCAGCCAUAUCUAUCAAAAAUAGACGCACUUGUAGCUGCAUGGCUUCCAGGAACUGAAGGCCAAGGUGUCGCGGAUCUUCUAUUUGGUGAUUAUGGAUUCACUGGCAAGCUGGCAAGAACAUGGUUCAAGACAGUUGACCAGCUUCCAAUGAAUGUUGGCGAUAAAUAUUAUGAUCCUCUAUUUCCAUUUGGAUUUGGGUUAUCUACUAACCCCAACAAGCACCAAAACAAUAUUUGA